AUACAUUAUUAUCACUCACAGUCAAUUUUUAAAUAAAGCGUAUAUGCAUUGUCAUUGACAUUAAGAAAAAUUUUUUAUACGACUUAUAGCAAGAGUUUGAUACACUUGAUACACGUUUAAAUGACUGUUGCGCACGUUGCGCAAGAAUGAUUAAUUCUCUCUGACGCAAUAAUCGUCCAUGCUUUUAAUGCCAAUGAAGUGUUUUUGCUCUUCUCCCCUCUUCGUUUCUGCCUUGAUAAGAUGCGCACUGGCGAUUGUACGCAUCUGUAUUUAUUACGUUCUACGUCUCGUCCGAAACCAGUCGUCUAUUCAUUAUCACGACAUCAUAAUGGAGUUAUCUCAGAUAUUUUCGUCGCCAUUUGCGCUAUUAUUGAAUACUUUACUUUUAAUCGGCAUUGUGAAGAUUGUGCCUUACGUGAAUCUUGCGUAUUUUUACUGGAAGAAGAAAGGCAUUCCUUACCUGCCAGAUUCAUGGUCGUCUUUUAUAGCCGGUUGGAAACUGUUCACGGGUCACAUGAGCAUUGUUGAUUACAGUAAUUAUAUGUACAAUUACUUUUCGGACGCUAAGUAUGUUGGAAUAUCGGAAUUUGCCACGCCUGUUCUACUUUUGCGCGAUCCCGAAUUGAUAAAGGACAUCACGGUGAAAGAUUUUGAACAUUUUCCGGAUCAUCGCAGUUUCGUUGACGAAGAAGUGGAACCACUAUUUGCUAAGAACAUUUUUUCCCUGCGCGGCGACCGCUGGAAAGAAAUGAGAAACACAUUGAGCCCUUGUUUCACCGCCAGCAAGAUGAAAUUUAUGUUCGAGCUGAUAUCGAAAUGUUCGUCCGACUUCGUCAGUUAUCUGGUGGAGCAUCCGGAAAUUUGUCUUGCCAUAGAAACGAAGCAGGCCUUUCGACGAUACACCAACGACGUGAUUGCUACGGCGGCUUUUGGCAUAAAUGUGAAUUCGAUGAAGGAGCAAAACAAUGAAUUCUAUACAAGAGGUGCGGAGGCCACCACAUUUUCCAGUGGAUUUCUGGUUAUGCUCAAGUUCAUGUUCUUACGUUUCUUCCCGCGACUUGGUAGUUUGAUUGGUUUGUCUUUUUUCCCAUCGGCCACGUCAAAAUUCUUCAAAAAGGUUGUCGGAGAAACGAUCGAAACUCGAGAAAAACACGGUAUCAUCAGACCGGAUAUGAUUCACUUAUUAAUGCAGGCUCGCGACAAGGAAAGUUCUCGCAAGAUGACAUUGGAUGAUAUUGUUUCACAAGCUUUUAUCUUUUUCUUUGCCGGUUUCGAAUCAUCCGCGACGCUCAUGUGUUUCGUCGCUCACGAGCUAGCUGUUAAUCGUGAUAUCCAAGAUCGUCUGCGUGAGGAAGUGGAGCAGCAUCUUAGUGAAGAAAACGACACGAUUUCUUACGAAUCACUGUCGAAAAUGGUUUACAUGGACAUGGUGGUCUCUGAGGCUCUUAGAAAGUAUCCACCGGCACCUACCCUUGACAGGCUUUGCGUCAAGGAUUAUGAAUUACCGCCGUCACAACCAGGUUACAAGAGCGUAACCGUCAAAUCGAAUGAGGUGAUAAUGAUACCUGUUUAUGGCUUGCAUCACGAUCCAAAGUACUUUCCGAAUCCACAAAAGUUCGAUCCCGAACGGUUUAGCGACGAAAAUAAGGACAACAUUUUUCCGUACACUUACUUGCCAUUCGGACAUGGGCCUAGAAAAUGUAUCGGUAAUCGGUUCGCUCUCAUGGAAACAAAGCUUUUGAUAGCUCAUCUCUUACGAAAAUUUAUUCUCAAGACCACGGAGAAGACUGUUGAACCUGUCGUGUUUGAUAAGAAAGAGUUUGCGUUGAAACCUGUGGGCGGAUUUUGGAUCAGUUUAGAGAAGAGAAAGACGUAAAAAACUGGAAUGUUAUACGAUAUAUCUGUAUUCAGAUGAUUUUUUGUUAUUAUACUUUUAUUUUUGCAUAUGUCACACGUAUGUGUGAAUCAUUAUUUUUAGAACUGAUAAACGUCUAUAAGAUUUAUUAUCAUCAAUUCAAACGUCAAGUGGUUAAUAUUAUUCUAUUCCGCAUUAUAUUAUUGAGUUGGUAAUGAUUAGUGAGAAGACUAAAUAUUAUAAAAAUAUUAUAAAAAGAUGAAUGUCGUGACUUGUAAAAACUCAACUUGAUUAUAUGAAUCGUUGUUUAAAAACUUAAAUAACUUUUAUUUGUUGCUAAAGAGCAACGAAUAAAGGGAGAGAUAGUAAAUACGUUUAUUGUGCAUAUUGUUAUACAAUAAUUGUUGUAUAUAAAAAAGAAUAUGUUUAUUAUUGAA